AUGGCCGUGUCCAAGCCGGCAGACUACCUGAACUCGGCGAUCAACUACGUCGACGACCUCCACCGACGUCCGCCCCUGGUCCAAGUCGCAGUUGGCGGCGGGGUCGGCGUUACCGCGGGCUACAUCGCGACGCGCGUCAGCAAAGCCGUCGCCACGACGAUCGGCGUCUCCUUCCUCCUGCUGCAGUUCGCCGUUCACCGCGGCUACAUCGCCGUGAACCACGACAACGUCGGCCGCGACAUCGCCGGCCUCAAAAAGUCGCUCCGGAAACGCGUCAACGACGUUCCGCACGUCGGCGGCGACGAAGUCCAGAACUUUGUCGUCAAGAAUAGCUGGACCUUCAGCGGAUUCGCCGCCGGCGUGUUGAUUGGCUUCGGUUUGGCUUAG